AUGAGCUGGACUUAUGUCUUUCUUCCCGUCAUCUUGGGUAAAAUAUUUACGUUAAAAUUUCUAUUUCAAUAAUGCAUGAGUUGCAUAUGAUGUCCUGUGUAAGGUAUGAUGGGUAUUUGGUGUUUUAAAAUCACAUUUAUACAUCAUCAUAUGUUGCUCCAUGUUGCUGCACAUUUGAUCUUAAUUAUAAUUGAAAGUAUUUUUCGUUCAGGUGCUGUUGUGUCCUGUCAGGACGUACUCUCUAACCCAGCAGUGGAGCUGCCCGUGAGACCAGGACAAAACAUUACUCUAUACUGUGACUGUAAACUCACAACUAAUGUAAAUAUCGUUUGGUACAGGAACUGUUCUCAUGAAAACCAGCCAAUACUAACUCUGAAUUGGAAGGACAGAGAUAAUGGAAUUUUUGAAUAUGAAGAGAAUGGAACAAACUUUUUCCAUUUAAAUAUUCUGUGGAACGCUUCGUCAGACUCAUACGACUUACUGAUUAAGAACAUCACUGAUUCUCACCUUGGUCUCUACUACUGUGGAACUGAAGAACAGAGUGGGAAAAAAGGAAACAAGACAAAAUACAUCGACACAUAUGGUAAAAUAAUCACAAGGAUUUUGUUUGAUAUCCCUUUAGAUGCCGGUGCUGUAGACCCUGCUGCUCCAGACUGUGGAUAUUGCUGGGUGCUGCUGGUCAUCCUGUGUCCCUCCUCUGCUCUUCUCCUCUCCCUCCUCUCAUCCUUGGUCGUCUACCUCCGCUGCAGAAGGAAAGAUGAAGACCUCCAUGUUGCUCAGACAUCACCCAGCAGUAGAGAUGUAACAUCAAUCAGGAACCAGGAUGAAGUUGGCCUGUGUUACGCUACACUGGAUAUCCCUCUACGUUCUCAGAGACCUAAAAAGAAGAUAGUCCAACCCUCAGAGUUCAGCACCUACUCAGCCAUCAAUACUAAGAGGAUGUGACCAUGACCAAGUCUUUAAUACCAAUACAGGGCUCUACUUCCUCAAUAUGACCUCAUCUUUAUGCUGUCAAGAGGAGGAAGAAUAUAUAGUUUAGUUAUGUAUAGUUAUAUAUAUAUUAUAUAAUAUAGCUAUAUCAGUCUCAAGAGAGUGCAAACAUGUGAUAAAAUAAAGCUUGUUUUGACAUAUGUUUUAAAUACCA